AUGGCCUCCCAACCCACCCCCACCCCUCAGGCACCGAACCUCGACCGCUAUGUCGUGAUACACGUGGCCACGACCUGUGACGAGCACGGCGUCUACGUCACCAAGGACUCUGCCGAGGUCAUCGAGCUCGGCUGGAUCUUGCUGGAUGCAAAGUCCUGCGAAGAGCUUCACCGCGAGAGCGUCCUCGUGAAACCCGUCAACACCCCCAUCACUGCGUUGUGCACAAGCUUGACCACCCUCACCUGGGACCAGGUCCGCAACGCUGGCUCCUUCCGCGAUGCCAUCAACCGCUUCGACACAUUCGCCCAAGAGCACAUUCUGCCCAAGAACCUCGAGUUCGCCUUUGUCACCCUCGACUCGUGGGAUCUGCGCGUCCAAUUGCCCCGCGAGGCCCGCGACAAGGCUGUCGUCCUCCCUCCCUACCUCCAACACUCUCGCACCUUCGACCUGCGUACAGAGUACCAGCGCUGGCAAGCCCACCACCCAGAGUCCCUCCCCUUCGGUUCCAGCGCUCUGACCAACAUUUGUGCCGCCCUCGAGGUCGAGCCUGUGCAGUCGUCAGCGCCCAUCAAGCACAACCUUCCCUUUCACCUACAGGCCCUCGCCCCCGCCUCGCCAAGGCGCGCCAUGGAAGAGGCCGUCACCCUGGCAAGAGUGCUCCGUGGUCUCAUCCGCAAGAGCCAACCGCCCCAAGACCACCCGGACGUACUGACCAAGCCAAUGGACGCCCGCGCCGACGUCCGAGCCUUCCUGUCCGAGCGCAGCAAGGUCCUCCACAUGAGCGGUCUCCCUCACGACACCACCCAGUCCGAACUCGAGAGCUGGUUCACCCAGUUCGGCGGUCGCCCCAUUGCCUUCUGGACCCUGCGCACCCCAGAUCAACACAAGCCCACCGGUACCGGCUUCGCAAUCUUCUCAUCCCACGAAGAGGCGGCCGAAAGUCUCUGCAUGAACGGCCGCGCGCUCAACGAGAAGGCCAUUGAGGUUUCGCCUUCCUCCAGCCGUGUCCUGGACCGUGCUGCAGAAAUCAUCACCCCCUUCCCGCCCAGUAAGAAUAGGCCUCGUCCGGGUGACUGGAACUGUCCGUCGUGCGGCUUCUCCAACUUCCAGCGACGCACGGCCUGCUUCCGCUGCUCCUUCCCAGCCAUGCAGCAGGGCGGUCCUCAAGGAGGCGACCCUAUGGGCUAUGGCGGUGCCUACGGCUAUGCUCACCCCGGCAUCAUGGGCCCGCCCCAGCACCACAUGGGAGGACAUGGUCAUGGACACGCCAUGGGCGGUGGCCACAUGCGUGGAGGUACGGGUGUCGUCCCCUUCCGUGCCGGGGACUGGAAGUGCGGCGAGAAUGGCUGCGGCUAUCACAACUUCGCCAAGAACACUGCCUGUCUUCGUUGCGGUGCGAGCCGUGCGGGCGCUGCUGUGGUCGCCGAUAGCGCUUUCCCCUCGCCCAUGGACACACCAUCAAGCUUCGGCAUGGGCCCUCCCUCCAUGGGGGGCACCCCGGGCGCUGGUCCUUACGGCCCUGCUGGGUACGCUCAGGGCGCAUUUCCUCCACAACAAUACGGCGGCCCACCCAGCCAGUACGCUCUGCCAUCGGGUAUGGGCGCCGCUAGCCCUUACCCUCCCAUGGGCGCGCAGUACUCCCAGAAUGGUGCCAUGCACUCGACUCCUUUCGACAGCCGCUCCGCCGAAGCUGCUUUCAGCGCUGCUGACCCAUACCCCAAUCAGGGCGCUCCCAACGGUGGUGGCGACCCCUUCUCUUUCCUUUCUACCGGAUUCAACUCGAUCUCGAUGAACGACGACCGCCGUAACGCGUCCAACUCCGCCAACAAGUCACCGGCGUAA